AUAGAUAGAAACCUACGGACUUAUUGUAGGCUAUAUAUAAUUUUGUAUAAAUGCAGUGGGAAAUUGGAAGACAAUAUUUAAGGGGCUCAGUAAGGACCCAGCUGUUUGUAGAUCUGCUGAAUCUCGUGUUUCAGUAGGUUGUUAAAUAGCCUAUUAUACUAUGCUAUUUGCAACGCAAAUGAAUGAUCUCAGAGAAGCAGUCAGACUCCCAUGUAUGUUCUUUUAUGAUCAAAAGGUGUGCCACACCUUACAAACACACCUGUUUUGCACACGUUUUGAGACAGGAAACACUUCUCAGUUGAGAGAAAUCGAAACUUAAGUGUUGUUCAGCAGUUGUCUAGCUGUGUCUGUGUGUUCGUGCUGUGAAAUGGCAGAAUCCCGUAUUUCAGACGAAGAUCAGUUCAGCUGUUCAAUCUGUCUGGAUCUACUGAAGGAUCCAGUGACCAUCCCCUGUGGACACAGUUACUGUAUGAGCUGUAUUACAGACUACUGGAAUCAAGAUGAUCAGACGAGAGUUUACAGCUGCCCUCAGUGCAGACAGACCUUCACUCCAAGACCUGCUUUAAACAAGAAUGUGGUGCUGGCUGAAAUGGUGGAGAAUCUGAAGAAGAAAACGGUCAAAACAGCUCGUACUGCUCUCAGUUACACUGGACCUGGAGAUGUGGAGUGUGACGUCUGUACUGGAAGGAAACGCAAAGCUGUGAAGUCCUGUCUGAUGUGUCUGGAGUCUUACUGUCAAAAUCACUUUGAGUGUCAUGAAGAAUCUCCUUCAAGGAAACGACACAAAGUGACUGAUGCCACUGGACGAAUUCAGGAGAUGAUCUGCUCUAAACAUGACAGACUGCUGGAGGUUUUUUGUCGCACUGACAAGCGAUGUAUUUGUUUGAUGUGUAUGUUGGAUGAACACAAAAAUCACGAUACUGUUUCAGCUGAAGCAGAGAGGACAGAGAAACAGAAACGGGUUGGAGAGAUGGUAAUAUUAUUACAGAAGAGAAUUCCACAUCGGCAAACAAAGCUUCAGGAGCUGAGAGAAUCUGUGCAAACUCACAAGCGUUCUGCACAGGCGGCAGUGGAGGACAGUGAGAGGAUCUUUACUGAACUGAUCCACUCCAUUGUGAGAAGCCGAUGUGAGGUGACACAGAUGAUCAGAGAUCUGGAAAGAGCUGAAGUGAGUCGAGCUGAAGAAGACUUGAAGCAACUGGAGCAGGAGAUUGAUGAUCUGAGGAGGAGAGAUGCUCAGCUGAAGCAGCUUUCACACACAGACAAUCACAUCCAUUUCCUACAGAGUUUCCAGUGUCUUUCUGUCCCUCCUGCAUCUACAGACGGCACUGUCCGUUCUGGCUUGUCUUAUGAUGAUGUGAGAAGCUCUGUGUCUGAGUUACGAAGUAAAUUUGAGAAUUUCUGCAAAGAGGAGAUAAAAAAAUUAUCUGAUAAAGCACAAUGCAUUCAAAUCUGCCUCACCACUGAACCCACUACAAGGGAUGGCUUCUUACACUAUUCCCAUCAGUUUACUCUGGAUUCAGAGUCAGUGCAUAAAACAUUCCGUCUGUCUGAGGGGAACAGAGUGGCUACUUGCACUGCCACAAUCAAACUGUAUCCUGAUCACCCGAACAGAUUUGACGCUUGGCCUCAGGUGUUGUGUAGAGAGAGUGUGUGUGGACGCUGUUACUGGGAGGUGGAGUGGAGUGGGACUCAUGGUGUGGGAAUAUCAGUGUCAUAUAAGAGCAUAAGCAGAAAGGGCAGGGGGAAUGAGUCUAAAUUUGGAUGUAAUGAUCAGUCCUGGAGAUUGUUUCUCUCUCCCUCUGGAUACAUAAUUAGUCACAAUAACAUUAAAUCUGGAGUCCCUGUAAUCUCCAGCUCCUCUAGAAUAGGAGUGUAUGUGGAUCACAGAGCAGGAAUUCUGUCCUUCUACAGCGUCUCUGACACAAUGAACCUCAUCCACAGAUUCCAGACCACAUUCACUCAGCCGCUCUAUCCGGGGUUUGUCUUAAAUAAGGACUCAUCAGUGAAACUGUGUCAUCUAGAAGUAUAGAUGAUAUAAAGCUUCUACAAAUCAUCACAAUCAUAUGACAGAGUCACUUAUGGAGUCAGAUUAAGUUAAUAAUGAUUGUAGUGUAUACAUAUUAAUUGUAGUGUAAAAAUGACAGUAACAUCAUAGGCUGUCAUUUUGCAUUUUUGUGUAAAUCAUUUUAACAUUAAAUAUCACAAGUAACUUAAUUUCUCCAUUUCUCUUUAGCUAUAUGAAAGAUUUUAAAUCAUUGUCAUUAAAUACUUUUUAGAUUGAUAAAUAUAUUUUUUUUACAUUGCACUUAAAACAAUAAAAAAACACUUAUAAUAAACGCUGAUAAUGCUCUGGAUUUAAUAAAUGAUUUUUUUUAAUUGUCUAGAAAUAUCAUACUGUACCUGCACUGUGAAAUAUUGUAGGCUAAUAUAAAUGUGAACAAAAUUAAAUCUAUAUUAUUUUGAA